GCAUAUGGCAAUCAAAUUAAAACUAUUUCCAUAAAUGAAAACAAAUAGAUAUUAUUUUUUGUGUUCUUUAUUAUUAUUAUUUUUUCUGUUCUCGUUGUCUUGGCAGCACAGCACUCUUCAAUGUCCAUAAUUAUCCAGAAAGAUGACAAAUGCGAAGCAGGAAAAGCGCUAAUGGCCAUAGCCAAUUCUCCUUUUAGGAGUCAUAAGGACGAAGCAUUGGCACGUACGCAGGCCCUGCGGUCACUCAAUCGUCUUCAUCAUUUCUUCCGCGACAAACAUUAAAAAAAUCCGCGAUUCCGAUAUUAUCACACAGACAUUUCUGUAAAUUCCACUAAACAUCGAGUCCCUUUUCAACUUUUCUUCCGCAUUUCUGCAAACCUCCGAUCACGGUCUGAACCCACCAUCCGGCUGCCUCCCCCAGAACCAGCUAAUUUCUAUUCUCGGACAGAGAAAUCCAAAACGAAAUACACCCAGAGCAGAGAUCUCUGGAGCCAUUUGAUUGAUUGAGCAUAAGGAUUGAGGAACACAUACCCAGUACCGAAGACGGAGAUAGAGAUCGCCAUACCCAUUGGAUUGUUUGAAGAAAAAGAUUGAGAAACGCAGACCCAUUACAGAGGGCGGAGAUUGGGGGGAUGGGUCGGGUGAAGGAGGGGAUGAGGGCGUUCGUGAACAACAGAUGGCUGGUGUUUGUGGCGGCGAUGUGGAUACAGUCGUGUGCGGGAAUUGGGUAUUUGUUUGGGAGCAUAUCGCCGGUAAUUAAGAGCUCGUUGGGAUACAAUCAGAGGCAGAUUGCGAGAUUGGGUGUGGCUAAGGAUCUGGGUGACAGUGUUGGGUUCUUGGCGGGGAGUUUGUGCGAGGUGUUGCCGUUGUGGGGUGCUCUGCUCGUCGGUGCUUUGCAGAACUUCGUUGGGUACGGUUGGGUUUGGCUAAUCGUCACCGGCCGAGCUCCGGCUUUGCCGUUGUGGGCUAUGUGCAUCCUUAUAUUCGUAGGAAACAAUGGUGAGACCUACUUCAAUACAGUGGCUUUGGUUUCCUGCGUGCAAAAUUUCCCCAAAAGUCGUGGUCCUGUGGUGGGAAUACUAAAGGGAUUUGCCGGGUUGGGUGGGGCAAUUCUGACUCAGAUAUAUGCAGUUAUGCACACCCCAGAUCAUGCAUCGCUUAUAUUCAUGGUUGCUGUUGGUCCAGCAAUGGUAGUUAUUGCUCUAAUGUUCAUUGUCAGGCCUGUGGGAGGUCACAGACAAGUUCGCCCAUCUGACGACUUAAGUUUCUCAUUUAUCUAUAGUGUGUGCCUUCUCUUAGCUGCUUAUUUGAUGGGUGUUAUGCUUCUUGAAGAUCUAGUUGAUUUGAGCCACACAGUGAUUACAAUUUUCACUGGCAUUUUGUUUGUACUCCUAUUUAUUCCCAUCGUGAUUCCCUUGGCUUUGAGUUUUGGUUCAGAGCCAAGAGGCCCAGCAGAAGAGGCUCUUCUACCUGAACCACAGAAACAAGACCCUGGCAAAUCCGAACGGGAUACAAGCGAGGUCAUAUUCAGUGAAGUGGAAGAUGAGAAACCUAAGGAAGUUGACUUGCUUCCAGCAUCAGAGAGGCAAAAACGCAUUGCUCAGUUGCAAGCAAAGCUAUUCCAGGCUGCUGCUGAAGGAGCAGUGAGGGUCAAGAGAAGGAAGGGACCGCGUAGAGGGGAAGACUUUACCUUGAUGCAAGCUUUAAUCAAAGCAGACUUUUGGCUCAUAUUUUUCUCGCUCCUUUUGGGUUCUGGAUCUGGUUUGACAGUGAUUGAUAAUCUGGGUCAGAUGAGCCAGUCUUUAGGGUAUGAUAAUACACAUAUAUUUGUUUCAAUGAUCAGCAUUUGGAACUUUCUCGGUCGGAUUGGUGGGGGUUAUUUUUCUGAAGUUAUCGUGAGGGACUAUGCUUAUCCCAGACCAGUGGCCAUGGCUGUGGCCCAAGUUAUAAUGGCAGUUGGGCACGUUUUCUUCGCUAUGGGUUGGCCUGGGGCAAUGCACAUUGGCACUCUAUUGAUUGGACUUGGAUAUGGAGCACAUUGGGCAAUUGUUCCAGCUGCUGCCUCCGAAUUGUUCGGCUUGAAAAAGUUCGGUGCUUUAUAUAAUUUCCUCACCCUAGCAAAUCCUGCAGGAUCACUGGUCUUCUCUGGUCUCCUAGCUAGCAGUAUAUAUGACCACGAAGCAGAGAAACAAGCUCGGCAGCACCACCACCCUCACCAGAACUUAAGUUCCGUUUUCUCUGGAAUGCUCAGUGUGGAAAAAUCCUUGAAGUGUGAGGGUUCCGUAUGCUUCUUCCUGACCUCCAUGAUAAUGUCAGGACUCUGCAUUGUUGCUGUUGUUUUGAGCAUGAUUCUGGUACAUCGGACAAAGAUCGUCUAUGCCAAUCUCUAUGGAAAGUCUCGAACUUGAUCCAUGGUAAGAAAACUUUUAUGGGUCUCAACAGCCAGGUUGCAUUCGAGGCAUCAUCAUCAUCGGUGUGCUUUGCACGAAAUUGGGGAGAAACAACUUCAUUCUAUAGAGCAUCUGUUUCAGUAUUUAUUGUGGGUGGUGGCAGAGGCAAGCAUGAAAACUUAUGCUUCUGUCCCAACUGUGAGAACCGAAAGCCAGGGAAACGCUUCUAGUCAUUGCUAUUUCCUUCUGGUGCAAUUGGGUGCUGUCAUACUGUGAGUGAUGUGAAAUUUUUUCUCUUUUGGCCGUUCAGGUGGUUUAUUUAUUUUUCUUCUUCUUUCUUUGGUUUUGUAUUGUCUGCUUAAUUGAGUGGGUGUUUUGAUCAUUGAAGUCAUUUUCAAACAUUAUGUGGUGAAUCAUGAAUAUGAAGGGUUGUUCUUGUUCUUUAAA